UGAUGUAUGAGCGUUGAGGCUUACAUUCCUCAACACAAAACGGCGCAUUGGGGAAGCCAAAAUGCAUAUAUUUUAGCACGUUGGUACAUCUAUAACUUGACCCGACUGAACAAUGGAUGAAGGAUCUUACACUUCAAAAGCGGAAGGAAAAUUUCAACGAGCGGUUACAAUAUGAAAUUUCCAAAUUUAGAAAUCUUGACAUCAAUGAUGCUGAUCUGAUAUUUUUCCCCGUGUUUCGACACGGACACUACUUUAUUGUGUGCAUUAACACCAUCACAAAAAGUGAUGAAAUCAUAGACAACAAGACCCUGCCUCCUGGUGUUACAGAAAUUGACAAAUAUCAAGAUUGCCCCAGUCUACUGAUGACUGCUCUAAAGGAGUACUUGACUGCAGAGAAAUCACCUCUACUACGUAAGAUACAAAAGCUUCUUGUAUCACACUUGGUCAUUCACUGGAAGGAGCUUGACAAUGUCAUUGACUGUGGCAUAUAUGUCAUGCGACACAUGGAAUCGUACAAGGGGAAUGUUUAAGAUCGGAAUAGUGAGUUCAAAAGAAACACUCGUGUAAAUGCUGACUUCAUUUGGGAACUGAGAACUAAAUAUGCGUCAAACAUUAUCACAUGGGGUAGGAACACUGAAAGAUCACGGGUUAUGAAGGCAGCAAAGGAGCUCUCAAAGAAGAAAUGAAACUAUACUAUUUUUGGUGUUUGAAAAUGUUGUGAACAUGAA